GAUUUGAUUAGGUCGUUGUGUAAUAAAACAUGACUGAAGGAAGAUAUGUCAGUUUUAUAUCAUCUGCCAGCGAUGGAACUGCUCAAAUUAAAAAAGAGUUCGUGACCUCGAAACCAACACUUGUGGAACAGACUGUAAAACCGUUGGCAGAAGAAACCAAAGAAGAAACUUCGGCUGAUUCUGAAAUCAAAUCAUCUAAUGGAGAUCGCGAAAGGAAGAAACCUCGUGGCCAAAAUAAAAACCGACCUCGUCCGAAACAAGAACAACUUUCACUAAAGCUGUGCCCUAGUAAAAUUUCUGAAAAAGGUUAUUGUCAUUUCGGCGAAAAGUGUCAGUAUCUGCAUGACAUAGGAAAAUACAUGGAACUUAAACCUGACGAUCUUGGAGAAAAAUGUUUUGCUUUCCAAACUAUCGGGAAAUGCAAUUAUUCGUUUACUUGCCGUUUUGCUAGAGAUCAUGUUGAGAAAACUAAUGAAGGUUACGUUAACAAAGUUGAUGAAGAAAAACUGAAAACAAACAGUGUUAAGAUCAAAAAUGUCCUCCCUCGCGAUUUACAACUUCAAUUGCGCAAAAGAAAAUUUGAUUUCUCAAAAUCGGACACUGCUGUAAAAGAAAGUAGCAAAGCAAAAGCACGAAAACUUGAUCAAAACGCCAAAAAAAUCCCUGAAAAUGUUGGUAAUGAAGAAAAUGUGACUACUGUUGUCACAACGGGUGAUAUAACUACAAGUGAAGAUGUUCUAAACAAACAUGGAUGCGUUCUCGAUACUGAUCUAAUUCCACUCAAAACCAUUGAAAAGAAAACAAUUGAUUUUCGUGACAAGCUGUACUUGGCGCCACUGACAACAUGUGGAAACCUACCAUUUCGAGUUGUAUGCAAGCGAUUAGGAGCGGACAUUACAUGUGGGGAGAUGGCUGUAGCUACCAAUGUAUUGCAAGCUAAGGGUGGAGAGUGGGCACUCAUGAAGAGACAUCCGUGUGAAGAUAUUUUCGGAGUUCAGCUUUGUGGUGCCUUCCCCGAUACAAUGUCAAGGUGUGCCGAACUUAUUUCCAAAACUUGUGAAGUUGAUUUCAUUGACAUUAACAUGGGAUGUCCCAUUGAUCUCAUUUAUAAAAAGGGAGCAGGUUCAGCCCUCAUGAGACGCACAAACAAGUUAUUCGACAUCGUGAACUGCAUGAACCGAAGCAUUGAUGUUCCUCUUACUUGUAAAGUAAGAGCUGGUGUUGAAACGAAAAAGAAUUGCGCUCACAACAUAUUGCCAAAGCUGAGGGAUUAUGGAGUUGCUAUGACAACUGUUCACGGUCGAUCACGUGAAGCAAGAUACACGAAGGCUGCAGACUGGGGUUAUAUCAGUGAAUGUGCGGCACUUGCUGACCCAAUGCCAGUGUUUGGUAACGGAGAUAUUCUGUCUUACCACGAUUAUAUGUCAGUCAUGGAAAACACUACGGUGUCUGGUGUCAUGAUUGCAAGAGGAGCGUUAAUCAAACCUUGGGUAUUCACGGAGAUAAAAGAAAGAAGAGAUUGGGAUAUUUCUAGUGGUGAACGACUUGAUAUUUUGCGACAGUUCGUUAAUGAAGGUUUUGUCCACUGGGGGUCAGACACAAGGGGGGUGGAAAACACACGGAGGUUUUUACUUGAGUGGCUUUCCUUUUUGCAUCGAUAUAUUCCUGUUGGUUUAUUGGAGAGAUUGCCACAGAGAAUAAACGAGCGACCACCUUACUAUGUUGGGAGGAACGACCUUGAAACUUUAAUGGGAAGCGCAAACUCCAAUGACUGGGUUAAAAUAAGUGAAAUGCUACUGGGAAAAGUACCGGACUCGUUUCAAUUUCUUCCCAAGCAUAAAGCUAAUUCAUACAAGUGAUGAUGUCAU